CCGAGCCGGGGUGCCGCUCACUAAAGAUAUGAUAUGAAGUGUAAAGAUGAAUAAAGAGGCACAUGAAAGAUAACACUCCUACUGGAUAACAACCACGUCUCCUCGUUCAGUUCUGUUGGAACAAAACCUCAUUAGAAGUGAGCCAUGGCUUCUGCUUGGAAAACCUACACAAAAGACAGAAAACUUACUUUCUUUGAGGAAGCUAAAGAGCUACAGUCCAACGACUCUUUUUACUUUAUCCAAGGGGCUGAUACUCAGCUGGGCUUAAAGGAAUACUAUGAAAAUGACAAAAAAGGAUUGCCACUACCAACAGGUAGGUAUUGGAUGGAAGAAAUAGAACAGUCGAAAAAAGCUGUUGAGUGUAUCAAUGCGUUGCAACCUCGUCCAAGUUUUGUUGUGAUCUGUGGUGAUCUUUGCAAUGAAUAUCCUGUGCGAGACAAGGAGAUGCGGGCCAUGCAAGAAAAGGAUUUUAAAGAAAUCAUGUCGAAAAUUCAUCCAUCGAUUCCUUUAGUUUGCGUUUGUGGAAACCAUGAUGUUGGUAACACACCAACAACUGAGGGUGUUGCUCUGUACCGAUCCUCUUUUGGGGAUGAUUAUUACUCAUUUUGGAAGGGAGGAGCUCUUUUCAUAGUGCUGAACUCUCAGUACUACUAUGAUCCAUCAGAAAUACCUGAGAUUUAUUCGCAACAAGAGUUGUGGUUGGAUUCCAUUCUUAAUGAAGGAAAGAAAAAAUCAGCUAGGAUCAUAGUAUUCCAGCACAUUCCAUGUUUCAUUAAGGAUGCUGAUGAGCCAGAUGAGUACUUUAAUCUCCCAACAGCUGUCCGUAAGCCUUUGUUAGAGAAACUGCUUGCUGCAGGUGUGACUCACAUUUUUUGUGGUCAUCUGCACUAUAAUGCCUAUUCAACUUACAAAUCAGUGGAGAUCAUCACCACUUCUGCCAUUGGAUAUCAGCUAGGUAAGGACACCCAUGGAAUGAGAAUUAUUAAAGUGAAAAAGAGUGGAGUGGAACACUCUUAUCAUGCCUUAGAAAAUUUUCCAAAAACUAUAGCUUUGUAAACUACUGUACAUGUGACAACAUUUGAUACUCAAAGACAAAUUUGAAAGCGAAUGUUAUCAUUAAUGAAAUAUUUUAAUCAUGUAAUAAAAUACACAUGCAACAUCUCA